AUGGAGCACGACGUCGAGAAGGUUACGGCGAACAAGGACGCCCCGGCAUGCGCCGACUCGAGCCAGGGCGCUGAUUCGGGUGACACCCUGAACCCGCGACAUGUCUCUUUGAAACAAGCUUCGUCCCACCUCAGCACCGGCAACGACAUUUCGCUGCGCGCCGUCGCUCCCGUCCAUGUCUCGGUACGGAGCCUCGCAGUCGACGUCGACGUGUCGCCCUCAAGCCCGCUCCACGCCCUGUCCGGCAAGAAGCAGGGUGCCGGCGACCUCAAGACCAUCCUGCACGAUGUCUCCGCAGACAUGCCGAGCGGCACCCUGACCGCCAUCAUUGGCGGCAGCGGCUCAGGCAAGACGACGCUGCUCAAUCUCAUGUCAAACCGAAUGCACGGACGGAGGCUGCAUAUUAGCGGCGCCACGCUGUUCAACGGCCACGACCUUCGCGGUGACCUCUCGGCCGUCAGCGCCUAUGUCAUGCAGACCGACGUGCUGCAGCCCACUCUGACCGUGAGAGAGACGCUGCAGUACGCCGCCGAUUUGCGUCUGCCUGCCUCUGUAGACAAGGAUGAACGCCGUCGAGUCGUUGACGAGGUUAUCCUGGAACUAGGUCUCAAGGAGGCUGCUGACACGAGGAUCGGCAACAAUGUGCACAAGGGCUGCAGUGGCGGGGAGAAGAGGCGGACGAGCAUUGGUGUCCAGUUGCUUUCAAAUCCAUCUGUUCUGUUUCUUGAUGAGCCUACCACUGGCCUAGACGCCACUAGUGCCUUCCAGCUUGUCCUACAUCAGCCACGCUCCGAGAUUUGGAAUCUUUUCGACAAUCUCGUGCUGCUGACCAAGGGUUAUCCUGCCUACUCUGGGCCUGCUGCCGAUGCUCUGCCGUAUUUUGCAGGCCUCGGCUAUGAAUUGCCACCGUUCGUCAAUCCGGCAGAGCAUCUGAUUGAUAUCGUGGCUGUAGACAUUCGUUCACCUGAGCUCGAGGAAGCCUCGACUGCUCGUGUCGAAGGCAUCAAGGCAGCCUGGAGCCAGCAUGCCCAGGAACAAUUCAGCAGGCCAGAUGAUCUACGGUCGUCUUCUCUUGCUCUGCCCAAUCGUUCCAGUAGAGACUACCAUGCCCAGCUUGGCCGCCAAAUCCGUGUCCUUACUGCAAGGACGUGGGUAACCACUAUCCGAGACCCGAUGGGCAUGCUCGGUAGUUUCCUGGAGGCCAUAGCCAUGUCAAUAAUCACAGGUUACAUCUUCUUCCAACUGGGCGAGGAUCAGGCUGGAAUCCGUUCACGUCAAGGUGCCCUCUACAUCGCUUCUGCUCUCCAGGGCUACCUGAUCCUCCAAUUUGAAGUCUUCCGCUUGACCAUCGACAUCGAGCUCUUUGACCGCGAGCGUGGAGAAGGAGUCGUCAGUGUUCCCGGCUUUCUCAUCAGCCGCAGACUGGCCAGGCUUCUCAUCGAGGACUUUCCAGUGCCAUUGCUGUUUUCUCUCAUUUUCUACUUCAUGGCAGGUUUCCGUACUGAGGGAACCCAGUUCAUGACCUUUUUUGCCGUCAUCCUUCUCGAGCAGUACAUCGCCGUCUGCUUUGCCAUGACCUGUGUUGCAGUCUCAAGGACCUUCGCAGGCGCUUCCCUCGUUGCAAACAUGGCCUACACCCUUCAGUCGAUGGCAUGCGGUUACUUCAUUCAGUCCAACACCAUUCCCAUCUAUGUGCGGUGGACGAAGUGGACAGCGUAUUGCUUCUAUGCUUUUGGGGCGCUUGCAGCCAACGAGUUUGAUGGGCACUUUUAUGACUGCCCGGAGGGAGGUGGGCCCGCAAACCCCAAUUGCAAACAGUACACGGGCGAGUACAUCAUGGAACAACUCGGCUUCCCCUCGAACUGGAUUUGGAGGCCAAUCAUCGUCCUGCUGGCCUUUGUCAUUGCCUUUUACAUUGGCGCUGGCCUCAUUCUUCGGUACUGGAAGGUUGAGAUGCAGAUUGGGAGAGCCCGCAAGGACGAGUCCGACGAGUCGGCGGGCAAGGAAAAGAUGACCGCAAGAUCUCUUGAGGAAGUUCGUACCGUCAAGCUUCGGUUGGAAGACUACGCUCUGGAAAUCGAAAAGCGGAACUGGAUGGGCCGCAAGACAAAACAGUUGGAAGUGCUCAAGCCCGUCACCACCCAAUUUGAACCUGGUGUUCUGAACAUCAUCAUGGGCCCUUCCGGUUCGGGCAAAACCACGCUGCUGAAUUCCAUGGGACGUCGCUUGAAAAAUAGCUUCUCCACGAAGUACCACUCCUCCGGUCAACUCCUGGUGAAUAAUUCCAUUCCCUCUGAUUCUGUGCUCGAGUCAAUCAUCUCCUACGUCACUCAAGAUGACGACGCUCUGCUGUCCUCUUUGACCGUAAGGGAAACCCUUAGGUUCGCUGCUGGCCUUCGUCUCCCCUCCUGGAUGCCGAAAGAGGAGAAGAAUAAACGUGCCGAAGACAUUCUUCUCAAGAUGGGCUUGAAAGAUUGUGCAGAUAACCUCAUUGGAGGCGAGCUUGUUAAGGGUAUCAGUGGUGGCGAGAAGCGUCGUGUCACCAUUGCCGUCCAGAUCCUGACUGAUCCUCGGGUCCUGCUUCUUGAUGAGCCGACGAGUGGUCUUGACGCCUUCACCGCCGCCUCCAUUAUUGACGUCUUGCGUGGCCUCGCCGAAGAAGGCCGCACGCUCAUCCUGACAAUCCACCAGUCCCGAUCCGACCUCUUCCAGCACUUCGGCAACAUCCUGCUCCUCGCCCGUGGAGGCUUCCCGGUCUACGCAGGCCCCGGAAAGAACAUGCUCACCCACUUCGCAGACCAAGGCUUCGUAUGCCCGCGCAGCACCAACCCGGCAGACUUCGCCCUCGACCUCAUCACCGUCGACCUCCAGCACGAAACCAAGGAAGCCGCCAGCCGCGCCAAAGUCCGCAACCUAGUCGAUUCUUGGGCCAAAGAGAAGCCAUCGGCCCAGGACGACAACGACGACCCCCUCCACCGCACCAGCACGACCGCGACAACCACGCACCACGAACACACGGCCACGCCCGCCGAGCUCGGCAGCCUCAAGCGCAGCACUACCAGCUUCCACAUCGCCUACCCACUGCUUGUGCGCCGCGCGAUGCUCAACUUCUGGCGGCAGCCGCCGCUGAUGGUGGCGCGCAUCAUGCAGGUCGUGGGGCUGGGCGGCAUCCUGGCGCUGUUCUUCGCGCCGCUGAAGAACGACUACUACAGCGUGCAGAACCGCGUCGGCUUCCUGCAGGAGAUCCCAUCGAUAUAUUUCGUGGGCAUGCUGCAGAACGUCGCCGUGUAUCCGGCUGAACGUGAUGUCUUCGCGCGCGAGCACGACGACGGCGCGUACGGCGUCGAGGCCUUCUUCAUGCAGUACUUGACCAUCGAGACGCCGUUCGAGAUCGUGACGAGCUUGAUUUUCGCGGUGUUGGGGGUGCUGGCCGUGGGGUUGCCGCGGACGGUGGAGCUGUUCUUCCUCAUGGCGUUUAAUUGCUUUUGUAUUGUCAGUUGUGGCGAGAGCUUGGGGAUUAUGUUCAACACGGUCUUCUCGCACACUGGCUUUGCGGUCAAUAUCACGUCGGUCUUUCUGAGCGUCGCGCAGAUCAUGGCGGGCAUCAUGAGCAUCAAUAUGCCUGUUUUCCUGCAGGACAUGAACUACCUCUCCCCCAUCAAGUACGUCAUCGCCAACCUCGCGCCGUACAGCUUGAAUGGGGUGAAGUUUACGUGCACCGAGGGGCAGAGACUGGCAAAUGGCAGGUGUCCGAUCGAGACGGGCGAGGAGGUGUUGCAGUUGUAUGCGUUGGAGAGUGGGGAUGCGAGGUUGAAUGUGCUGUGGUUGGGGGUGUGUGCGGUUGUGUAUAGGCUGUUGGCGUAUGCGUUGUUGAAGGCCAGGAGGGAGAGGUGGAGUUUGAGGUGGUGGAGGGAGGAGUAG